AUGAAACUAAGGACAAAACGACCUGGAUGGAAGUCCCUCGUGCCUCUGCAGUUGAGCAGGAAAUCCACCAUGCGCUUCUUUCUGUUUCCCAAGGUUCAGGCAUCCGGUCAAUCUCCAAAUGAUACUCCGGUUUAUCUUAAUGUGUAUGAUUUGACACCCAUGAAUGGCUACAUAUAUUGGGCAGGCCUUGGUAUAUUUCACUCUGGCAUUGAAGUUCAUGGCGUCGAAUAUGCAUUUGGAGCACAUGAUUAUCCCACAAGCGGAGUAUUUGAGGUAGAACCUCGUCAAUGUCCUGGUUUCAGAUUCAGGAGAUCAAUAUUCCUUGGUACGACGUGCUUAGAUCCCAUCCAAGUUAGGCAGUUCAUGGAGCUACAGUCAGUAAACUACAAUGGAGAUUCUUACCAUCUUAUCAUGAAGAAUUGCAACCACUUUUGCAAGGAUAUGUGUUACAAAUUGACCGGCAGCAAAAUUCCAAAAUGGGUGAAUCGGCUCGCCAGAAUAGGUGCCAUCUGCAACUGCCUCCUCCCGGAGUCUCUCAAGAUUUCCCCGGUCGGCCAUGAUCCAAACAGCCAGCCCGAGGAUUCAGAGAAGCGCCGCCUGCGAAACCCGUUAAGCUGCUUCUCCUCCAUCUCGAGCCAGAGAGCGCUUCCCCCGUCUUCUUCCCCUUUCCCUCCAUCGCCCGUGAAAGAGCCCAUUCUGAGCUCUUCAUUGAGGAAAUCCAGCACCGCGUCGCUCAAGAGUAGGUAG